AUGCCUCCUCUUAUUCCUCAGCCACCCCAUAAAGAUGAUUUGGGAGAAACAUGGGCGUUCCUGGAGAAUGGCAUCGACAACGUGAUGGUAAAGCUGGAGGAGGGAGUGGAUAUGAAGACAUACAUGGGCCUUUACACGGCGGUCCACAACUUUUGCACUUCGCACAAGGCGGUUACUGGCACAGCCAUACAAUCACAACGUGGUGCGCAUCUGCUCGGAGAAGAGCUCUAUAAGAAGCUGGGAGAAUAUUUGUCGCGCUAUCUCGAAAAUGUCUACACACAAUCAACAAGUCACGCCGAGGAAGCCCUUCUCGGAUUCUAUAUGCGCGAGUGGGUUCGGUACACCACCGCUGCCAAGUAUAUCAACCACCUUUUCCGGUACCUCAAUCGCCACUGGGUAAAGCGAGAAAUCGAUGAAGGGAAAAAGAACGUCUUUGAUGUGUACACCCUGCACUUGGUCAAAUGGAGGGACGACUUCUUUCAGAAUGUGCAUGAAAAGGUCAUGGACGCUGUGUUGAACCUCGUUGAGAAGCAAAGAAACGGCGAGACGAUCGAACAGUCGCAGAUCAAGAGUAUAGUCGAUUCGUUUGUAUCGCUUGGGCUGGACGACACGGAUCCCACAAAAUCAACCCUCGAUGUCUACCGCUCAUUCUUCGAGAAGCCUUUCCUUGCCGCUACUAGGACCUAUUAUGAAGAGGAAUCGCGCCAGUUUGUUGCUGAAAACAGUGUCGUCGAGUACAUGAAAAAGGCCGAGGCCCGUCUCGAUGAAGAAAAGGCCCGUGUCGGACUAUACCUGCACCCUGAUAUCGCCAAGCAUCUCACCGAAACAUGCUUGGAUGUACUCGUUACUGCCCACUCGGAGCUCCUCCGUGACGAGUUCCAGCCGCUGCUCGACAAUGAACGUCAGGACGACCUCGCUCGGAUGUACCGACUGCUUUCAAGGAUCAAAGAUGGGCUGGACCCUCUUCGAACCAAGUUUGAAGCGCACGUACGAAAAGCAGGUUUAGCUGCAGUCGAGAAGGUGGCUGCGGAAGGCGAGUCUUUUGAACCAAAGAUGUACGUUGAUGCUUUGCUAUCGGUACACACGAGAUAUCACAGCCUGGUCAAAGAAGCUUUUAACGGAGAGUCCGAGUUUGUCCGGUCGCUGGACAAUGCUUGCCGUGAAUUCGUGAACCGCAACAAAAUCUGCAAGUCCGGAUCUACAAAGACACCAGAACUGCUUGCCCGCUACACGGAUUCACUUCUAAAGAAAGGGUCAAAGGCUGCAGAGGAAUCGGAGUUGGAAGAAAUGUUGGUCCAGAUUAUGACGGUCUUCAAGUACAUCGAGGACAAGGAUGUUUUCCAGAAAUUCUACUCCAAGAUGCUGGCGAAACGGCUGGUCCACGUGAGCUCCGUCUCUGAUGACGCGGAGACCAGCAUGAUCAGCAAACUCAAGGAGGCCUGUGGUUUCGAGUACACCAACAAGUUGCAGAGAAUGUUCCAAGACAUUCAAAUUUCGAAAGAUCUCAAUGCCAGCUACAAGGACUGGUUGGACAAGUCCUUUUUGGACGACGAUGACCGAAAGAAGCUUGUGGACUCGCACUUUCAGAUUCUGGGAACCGGGUUCUGGCCUCUGAACGCACCAUCAACUGACUUCCUUGCGCCACCGGAAAUCGUCAAGACCGCUGAGCGGUUCCAGAAAUUCUAUUUCGACAAACACAACGGCCGAAAGCUGACAUGGCUGUGGCAACUGUGCAAGGGCGAAAUCAAGGCCAAUUAUAUCAAAAACACCAAGGUCCCCUACACUUUCCAAGUGUCGACGUACCAGAUGGGGAUUCUUUUGCUGUUCAACGAAAGCGACACUUUGACAUAUCCCGACAUUCAAAAAGCCACCACUCUCACCCCCGAAAUCCUUGAUCCUAAUUUGAGCAUUUUCCUCAAGGCCAAAGUCCUUACCAUCAGUCCCGAGGGAUCCAAACCGGGCCCAGGGUCAACUUUCAAUCUGAAUUACAACUUCAAGAACAAGAAGAUCAAGGUCAACCUCAAUAUUCAGAUCAAAUCAGAACAAAAGGUUGAGACGGACGACACGCAUAAGACAAUCGAGGAGGAUCGCAAGCUCCUGCUCCAGUCUGCUAUUGUUAGGAUCAUGAAGUCCCGGAAGAAGAUGAAGCACGUGCAGCUUGUGCAGGAAGUGAUCCACCAGGUCAAAUCCCGCUUCCCUCCGCAAGUACCCGACAUUAAGAAGAAUAUCGAAGCAUUGAUGGAGAAGGAUUACAUUGAGCGUCUGGACGGCGAUGAAAUCUCUUACAUUGCAUGA